AUGAAUACAGAGAAACGUACUAUGGGCUACGCCAAAGAGACACAUCCGGUGUACUCUAAGUUAAAAGUGGCGAUGUUACAGGUACUUCUGGAUGUGGCAAUAAUUUCCCAUUUUUUCCAAGCCAUCAUUAAAACUUUGUUUGAAUUUAUUGUGCCAUUCCCAAAGAACUUACAGAUACCAAGCGGCCAUGAAGAGACUACAAAUCUUAAGAAAGAAGAGGAAGAAAGCAUUAAAGGUGAAUGCGAAGGAUUAUUUCCGACUAUAACCAAAACCAGUCUCAGUGGCAAGGUAGAUGAGAAGUCAACUCCGGGGAGCCCACAACCAUGUUCCACUGGGUUAACGACUCGUUUAUUACCAUUUAAGAAUGAAAGGGGCGAAAUCGAAUGGACAUUCACUGAUGAUAUUGUUCCGGGCACCGAGUUGGACUGUUUCAAGAUGACACCUACAGUUGUAGAGAGGAAGAUCCCAGUAAAUGCCGUAAAUGAACAUAUAUAUGAUCACGGACAUGAAAAUCAUAUUAAACAGGAGAAUAAUUUAUCGCCAACAUCUUCGAAUUCAUCAAAUAAUGAAUCCAUUUUAUCUAACGAGAAGAACAAGAAAAAGGAUAAAGAGGAAACGCCGAUGACGUCUAACUCGAGCCCAUACUCAUCUUCAGACCAUGAUGAAUAUAAGGUGAAAUCUGAAGAAGAUGGUGAAAUCAAGACAUAUAACUGUCCGCAUUGCAAUGCCGUAUUCAAGAUUAGAGGUUAUUUAACUAGACACGUAAAGAAGCAUGCAAUCAAUAAGGCUUAUUCUUGCCCAUUUCAUAAGUUCAGCAUAUACAUCGAUGAAAAUAAUAUCACCCAUAAAUGUCAUCCAACAGGUGGGUUCUCGAGAAGAGACACAUAUAAAACCCAUUUAAAGGCAAGACAUUUUAAAUACCCGCAUGGUACCAAAACCAAGGACAGGUCUAAUACUCCAGGUAAUUGUUCAAUGUGUGGCGAACAUUUCCAAAAUAGUGAAAUUUGGUGUGAAAUACAUAUUGAAGGUGCAGAGUGUAAAUUUUUACCUGCUGGCUUCAAGGGUAAGUCCAUCAUCAAGAAUAGGCUAAAGAAGCAGUUAACCAAGCAAAGAUCGAAAAAAUUGGGCGAAAGCAUUGAUUCAUGUAGCUUGUUCGAAACUCCUUCUUCAAAUUGUUCAAAAACACCUGUUCCCCUGGACAACAAUUUAAUGUCUUAUGAUUACAACAAUUCCAACUCUCCUAGUAACUCAACCAGUUCGGAGAAUGCUAACUGUGCGAAUCUGGCCACUAAUGUUGUAACUCCAGAUGUAAAUGAUCAAAAUGGGAGUUACAACCAAUUAUUUCAACUUCCAACACCAAGCACGCAAAAACUACAACAACAUCAACAGGAUGAACAGCAUCAAGAUCAACAACCAAGACAACAAAACCAGGGAGUACAUCAACGACAACAACAUCCAUAUCAACAAGAUGAACAAGAACCAGAGUAUCUUAUGUUUGAGCAAUUCAAACCUCACAAAAGUAUUUUUCAAGAAUCGCAAUUAUUGUAUGAAGACUAUGAUGAUGAGUUUUGCUUAGAUGUUGAUCAAUUAAAUAAAACAGGUUCCAACAACUACAAUGAAAUUUUGAGCUAUCUUCCUCAGAAUAGUGGUCAACCGUAUCAACAGCAUGUGCAUUAUUAA